AAUCAAAACAAUAAAUAUUAWAUUAUUUCGCUACGGCUACGGAGUGCCAAACUGCCAACGACUGGAAUUCGAAUUCGAAUUUUUUUCAACGAAACACGACCCAUGUUCAGCAUGGCGACUUCAGACAACCAAAACGAGACCCAGUCCAGACUCUAUUUCCUCAACGAACAGUUACAGAAAAUGGUCAAAGAGUUACCCAGAAAGUACCAGCAGCGCAUACCCAACGAGCUCCUCUGUGAACUCACUGAAUGUCUAUUGGACAAAACGCUGUAUUCAAUUGUAAAAGAACUGACCGAUAUUCAGCACGUUACAGAGAAACAAAUGUUUCAAAAACGGUUAGAAAUGAUCAACAAACAUUCCGUUGUCAUACAAAAACUACUGAAGUCAGAUAUGGUCGAGCCGGGCAAGACAGAGAUGAGGCUGAAACUGCAAGCAGAGCACAGAAGAAACUUGAGAGAGUUUGAUAAGAAGAUAGUGACUGAACUUGAUGAAAAGCSACGAGAGCAACAGAAUACAUUACAUAUGGCUGGUGUACCUGGAUUUGAUGUCACAGAUGAUGCUAGUCGUAUCCAAGUACAAAUACGUUUAUGUGAUUUCAUCAUAAGACUGAGCCUAAUUGAUAAAAAACCAGAUGAUAUUUAAAAAAUUAAAACAAUAUAAUAUUGUACAGGAAAAAUUGUAAUUAACUAAAAAUAAAAAAUAUUAUCCUAAAUUAUUGGAUAAAUCCCACUUAACAUGUAUAUGUCCAAAAUGUAAUAAAUUAAUAAUGUAAAAAAUAAUAAUAAUAAUAAAUGAAUAAAAAGAAAUAAGUAAAAGUAUAAUAUUUCAAAUAAUUGAUAGACAAA